AUGUCACAAUCUCACCGUUCUUCCCGUUCCGCCUCCCCUCCCCUCCCCGUCCUCAUCAUCGGUGCCGGCCUAAGCGGCCUCCUCCUAGCCCAACACCUUCGCGUCUCCUCAGUCCCCUUCCGCAUCUUCGACCGAGACCGCGACUUCACCACCCGCGGCGUAGGCUGGGGCCUGACCCUGCACUGGUCUCUCCCCGCCCUGCGCGCCCUCCUGCCCGCGGACCUCCUCGCCCGUCUGCCCAGCACGUACGUCGACCGCGCCGCCGUCGAGGCCGGCCAGGCGUCCACUUUUCCCCUGCACGACCUCGCCAUGGGCGACCUGAAAGCCGCCACGCCGCGGGCUUCGGAGGCGCAGCGGGUCCGUGUCACGAGGGAGGGGUUGAGGCGGUUGCUGGCCGAGGGGGUCGACCUCGAGUGGGGGAAGGCGUUUCAACGGCUCCAAGAAGAGGAGGAGGAGGAGGAGGAGGAGGAGGAUGCGGCUGACGACGACGAUGAAGGAGAGAAUGGACGACGACGACGACGGGUCAGGGUUUUCUUCGACGACGGCUCGCAUGCGUACGGAAGCUUGGUCGUGGCGUGCGAUGGAGGGGGUUCCAGGGUUCGGAGGGCUCUGCUCCCGGAUCGGCAUCAAGGGUACCGGCUCCCCAUCCGCGUGCUCGGAUUCAGGGCGCAGUACACCCCGGAAGAAAUUGCUCCCAUGAAGGCACUCGAUCCUUUUUUUCUCCAGGCCACUUCGUCUCAGAACGAUACGUUCAUGUACUUCAGCGUUCUCGAUGCGCCGGGGAACCACCACACAGACGCGAACCCGGACACGAGAGCAGAAGAGGAUAGCAGCGACGAUGCGAAUAAGCACUACACCUGCCAAGUCGUCGUUUCUUGGCCCUACCGCCCGGGGUUCUGGAACAACGACGCGCCAACGGAUUUCGCCCCUACUCCGGAAGGAAACGUCGACCUGAUCCGCGCCUUUGCGGAAACCUGGGCCGAGCCUUUCCGGUCCGUCGCCCUCGGCGGCUUGUCGUCGGCCAGUGCCUUGGACGACCUCAAGUGUCUCGAGCUGAGCGAUUAUGUGCCCCCUAAAGAUCUGCGAACUACGGGGAGAGUCGUGCUCAUGGGGGAUGCACUCCAUGCCAUGACAAUGUAUCGAGGUGAAGGCGCCAACCACGCCAUAGCCGAUGUUCUCGACUUUUCUGAGAUAGUCACUCCCCAUCUCAAGCUAAACCGAGGAGGAUCAAAUGGCACCGCACUAGAUGCGUACACGGCUGCCGUCAUCAAAAGGACUAGACCGGCCGUCCUGGCUGCUCGACGAGCCUGCUUGGAUGCUCACGACUGGCCCAGGAUCAUUCCUAGUAGCCCGCUGUUGACAAAGAGGGAAAUGUUCAUGAAUUAUGAUGAAGAGGAGGAGUCCUUUUCGUCUUGGUGGUAA